AGCCCGAUCAUCCGCUCACAGGCACAGCCUUGUCAUGAUCAGGCAACACUCACGAUGUCUCGAGAGUUCCUCAGACAUCUCCUUGUUCGCCCAACAGUUUGCUGCUCAUCAUGAGUUCUGGGGAUGGAGAACGUUCAGUGCCUCCAGGCGAGCCUCCCCCGACUGACAACUUCUAUUCACCCGAGAACGCCACGUUUUACGAACAACAGCCUUACCAGCCUCUUGACAGCUCGAAACGCGAAAUCCGUCUCCUCAAAGUCUUGAGAGAUGUUCAGUCCGGCAGUCUGCGAUUCACACUUAUGCCACCCAUCCCUUUGGAACAGGCAGACACUUACACUGCAAUCUCAUAUUGCGCCGGCGAUCCAAAGAAUACGCGGUCUCUCGAGGUGAAUGGCAUCCAAUUCAAUGCCUUCGCCAAUCUUGCACUAGCAAUAGACGAGAUCUGUCAUUAUCGCUUACAAGUACACGGCGACAGUGAGCCGCUCCUCUGGACGGAUCAGAUUUGCAUAAACCAGAGUAAUCCAAUGGAGAGGUCGCAUCAAGUUGGUUUCAUGUAUGCCAUAUACUCUCACGCUCGCGAGGUGGUCAUAUGUCUAUCUACUCAGCAUGUCGACGGUCUGGCUAUUGAGUGGGUUCAACACAUGGAAUGGAAGGUCACUAAGCACUCGGACGGUCCUUCGUUGACAUGGCGUAAGAUUUUCGAGGAGCGGACAGCCUAUUGUAUGUCGAAUAUCAACGACGAUAGAUUCAUGAGAGGUUGGGUUGAUGUUGUUAAGAUGAUAGAACAACCUUGGUGGAGAAGGGCUUGGGUGGUACAGGAAUUUGCGGCAGCGAGAGAUGUCUAUUUCAUCUACGGCCGUCAAUCUAUACACUGGAAAACGCUAUCAACGUCGCUUUCACAAUAUUUUCAAGUUCAGGAGCUUAUAGUAUCUGCCCGAGACUUUCCCCAAAAUCGUCAACUUGGUUUUCUGGAGAAGCGCACGCAACAGGCCGAAGACGCUGUUAGUUUCAUAUUGACACUCAAGCGCUUUGGGUUACGAGACUUCACGGACCUGCUCAUCCACCACUCGUGUUCCUGCGAAGCCAGCGAUCAACGAGAUCGUAUUUACGCUUUUCUUGGAUUCCCAAACGCUUACGGGAUUGAGCCUGACUAUCGCCCCGAAAACAGCGUCCAGGCUGUAUUCACCGAGACGGCACGACGAAUGAUACUCGGCAAUGAAACCAUCGGCGGGCUAUCAUACGCUGUAACAGCUCGUGGUGACCUGUCGCCGACUCUCCCUUCAUGGGUGCCGGAUUGGACCUGUAAACGUCAAUCCAGCAACGUAUCUCCGUUCGGGCCUACUAUCAGUUUCACAGGACUUUCACGUGUGAUACCAGAGGCCGAGUUUUCAGAUCAAGGGAAAACUUUAGAAGCCAGUGGUAUAUAUGUAGGCACAUUAACACGACAGGUCUCCCAGAACCUUGACCCCACUGGCUACUUCUCGACUGAGCACAAAGAUGAGUUUUCCACAACAUCUGUUGCGACUAUCAACGACCAGGUCUGGAUACUGUACACAGCGCCUGUGCCUUUUGUCCUGCGCAGUAGUGGCGAUGGUUUCAGGCUUAUCUGCAGAGCAGUUCGAAGCCUCAUGGGGUGUCCAUUCGAAGUAGAUGUGUUUCACAGACUUAUAGAUCAGGUCACGGAGGAUGCGGGGUGGAAGAGAAUCAAGAUAUAUUGACAAUCACCAUAUCGCCACGAUGACUCCGGUACGUCAAGAUUAGAGGAGCGCAUCACCAUCCAUCUGUACAAGUAACCAUCACGUUGUCGAAUGUCCAUAUAAUCACUAUUAAAAGCAACCAAUCUUUCAUAGAAACUUCUACAAAUCUUUGAUUAGACGUUAUACACCCCCGUCAAAGU